AUGGCUUCUCGCAUUUUCAACUCUCAAAUCGCUGCUUCCGUCAAGCGUGCUGGUGCUCGCUUCCAAUCCACCGCUGCUGCUCAAAGCGACUUUCUUGUUCAACGUGAUGCCGUCAAGGCUCAUGCUGCUAGCUCUGCUUCCACCUGGAAGAAGAUUUCCAUCUACGUUGUUAUUCCUGUUCUCGCUGUUGCUUCUUUGAACACCUACAACCUUUAUGAAGCUCACGUUGAACACCAAAAGCACCACCCCAAGGAAUGGGUCAGAUAUCCCUACAUCAACUUCCGUGCUCGUCAAGCCUUCUGGGGCCCCGAAAGUCUUUUCUUCAACCCCAAGGUCAACCUUUCCGUCAAGGAAGAAUAA